AUGGGGACUGUGACACUGGAAUUGUCCCUGCUGGCUGUGGCUCUCCUGUGCCCAGCCAGUGCCAUGCUGCGCAUCGGUGCCUUCAACAUCCAGGCCUUUGGUGACACCAAGAUGUCCAACAAGGAAGUGGCAGAGAUCAUCACCAACGUCCUGCGCCGCUACGACGUGGUGCUGGUGCAGGAGGUGCGCGACUCCGACCUCAGCGCCGUCACCGAGCUCAUGGAGCAGCUCAACAGUGCAUCCACAUCCCAAUAUGACUACGAGAUCAGCGGCCCCCUGGGACGGGAGAACUACAAGGAGAUGUACCUGUUUAUCUACAGGACAGACGUUGUGUCUGUGGUGGACACCUACCAAUAUGAGGACCCCCAGGAUGUCUUCAGCCGGGAGCCAUUCAUCCUGAGGGUCUCAGCACCCAGCACCAAAGUGAAGGAGUUUGUGCUGGUGCCCCUGCACUCGGCCCCACAUGAUGCUGUCGCUGAGAUUGAUGCGCUCUAUGACGUCUACCUGGCCAUCAUUGACAAGUGGGGGACUGAUAACAUGAUGUUCCUGGGAGACUUCAAUGCCGACUGCUCCUACGUCCAGCCCAGUGACUGGCCGUCCAUCCGCCUGCGCUCCAGCGACAUCUUCAAGUGGCUGAUCCCCGACAGCGCCGACACCACCGUGGGCAAGUCAGACUGUGCCUAUGACAGGUCAGCACUGCCACCACUGCCCCCUUCCCUGGCACCCCGGCGGCCCCCUGCCUGCCCUGCGCUGCCAGCAGGGGCAGGAGUGGCACCCACCACCCACCCACAUCUCCCCUGCAGGAUCGUGGUGUGUGGCAACAAGCUGAAGAGAGGCAUCCUGUCCAACUCAGCUGGUAUCUACAAUUUCCAGCGUGCUUUCCAGCUGGACCAGGAGGAGGCCCUGGCAGUCAGUGACCACUACCCAGUCGAGGUGAAGCUGGCAGCCUGA